AUGUUCAAUCGCAACAACAUUCCAACAAUACCCAAUCCGUUCGGAAGCGGCCAGCAGCAGCCCUCUCCAUCGCGUCGCCCCCAGCAACCCCCACCAACCUAUCACGACCAGAAGUCUUCGAGACCAUCAGUCAGAGCAAUGAAGCUGAUGCCACAGAAAUAUCCCAACAGUGACUUUGUCUUUCGCAACAGAUGCGCUGUAUCGCCUCAAGACUUUGCACCCAAUCCCGAUGGCUCCGACCUCUACCUACUCAUUAAAGGAAAAUAUGUCGUCUCGGCUCGCAUCGAGCCUGGCUUCGAGAGCGGCAAGAUCAGUUUCUCCGAGCCUCAACGAGCAUGGAUGGAAAUCGCCUUGGUCGACGUGCUCGACGUCCAGUUCUACGAUCCAUUCUCACAGGGCGCUUCGAGCUAUCUGGGCAACCUAGACAUAGAAGUCGGCUUUGCCGGAAAAAAGACAGUCGAAACACCCUACGAUCAGGAUGAGCUCGCUGCUGCCUUUACUGAGAUCUUCAAAAACCAAAUCUUUGCUCCUGGUCAACAACUCCUCAUGGACUUCAAAAGUACUCCUCUCAAGAUGACGGUGAAGACGGUCGAACUAGGCGACUUGGCCAUGAAGACCGAAUCUCAGGCUCCCUCGUCAUCACCGGAGUCGCGCGGUAUCUUGUUCAACGGGACGACCAUAAACUACUACAAGGACGCCAAGACUGGUAUCAACAUCAAGGGUUCCAACCGUCGUGCAGCUCCCAACUCGGUCAUCCGACCUGACUUCAAAUUCGAGAACAUGGGUAUUGGUGGUCUCGACACUGAGUUCGCCGCCAUCUUCCGUCGUGCUUUCGCCUCAAGAAUCUUCCCGCCUGGUCUUGCAGAUAAGCUCGGUAUUCAGCACGUCCGUGGUAUUCUUCUCUACGGCCCUCCUGGAACCGGCAAAACCUUGAUCGCUAGACAGAUCGGAAAAAUGCUCAAUGCCAGAGAGCCAAAGGUCAUCAACGGUCCUGAAGUCCUUAACAAGUAUGUUGGUCAGUCUGAGGAGAAUGUCCGAAAGAUGUUCGAGGACGCCGAGAAAGAGCAAAAGGAAAAGGGUGACGAAUCUGGCCUACACAUCAUCAUCUUUGAUGAACUGGAUGCUGUCUGCAAGCAGAGAGGCUCAGGAGCUGGCGGUGGUACUGGUGUUGGUGACAGCGUUGUCAACCAGCUGUUGUCCAAGCUUGAUGGUGUCAACCAACUGAACAACAUUCUGCUUAUCGGCAUGACCAACAGAAAAGACAUGAUCGAUGAAGCUCUUCUCAGAUCUGGUCGUCUUGAGGUGCAUAUGGAGAUUUCACUGCCCGACGAGCAUGGCAGAACACAAAUCCUCAAGAUCCAUACCACCAAAAUGCGCGAAAACAAAGUCAUGGGCGACGACGUCAACCUUCAGGAGCUUGCUCAACUGACACGUAACUUCAGUGGUGCCGAAAUCAACGGUUUGGUAAAGAGCGCCACAAGUUUCGCUAUGCAACGUCAUAUCAAGGUUGGCACAGUGGCCGCUAUCGACGAGAAGAGCAUCGCCGACAUGAAAGUCAUGCAUCAAGACUUUCUCCGCGCUCUCAGCGAAGUGCAUCCUCUAUUUGGUGUAUCCGAAGAAGAGCUUGACCGCUGUGUUGAGGGCGGCAUCAUCCACUUUGGCAAGCACGUUGACAGCAUCCUCGAACGCGGUCGUCUGUUUGUCAAUCAAGUUCGUUCUGGAGACACACCGCUGUUGUCUGUACUGCUCUACGGUCCUCGUGGAAGCGGCAAGACAGCUCUUGCAGCACAGAUGGCUCUGGACUCGGAAUUCCCCUUUAUCAAGCUCAUCAAGCCUGUUGACAUUGUUGGCAUGAACGAGAUCCAGAAGAUUCAAUACAUCCAAAAGGUCUUCACAGACGCCUACAAGAGUCCUCAAAACGUACUUGUUCUUGACAACAUCGAGUUGCUUAUUGACUGGGUACCCGUGGGGCCUCGCUUCAGUGCGAGUGUACUAGCCGCCCUGAAGGGCAUGAUGCAGAACAAGCCGCCAAAGGGCAGACCCCUGCUUAUAUUCGCCACAACAUCAUCGCGUAGUGUGCUACAACAGCUCCAGCUCGACUUCUCCGCACAAAUUCCAGUGCCUAAUAUCCAAACGCAGUCCGAGCUGGCAGUUGUCAUGAAGCAAAGCGGCGUUUUCAGUGACUCUGAUAUCAACCGCGCACUUGGAGAAGUCGAGGAGACCACCGGCUCGAAGACCAUCAACGUCGGAGUGUCAAGUAUCUUGCUGGCUAUUCAGACAGCUAAGCAGGACCAGGACAAGACUGGCAGAUUUGCUGAAGUACUCAGUGAGAUGUGUGCGGACAAUGCAGCCAUGUAA